AUGACAUCGAUGAUCCGCCCAACUCGGCAGCUCAGAAGGCGGCCUCAUCGGGCGGAGUCAAAAGCUUUGACAAAGGGGGAUUUGGAGCUCCGGAACGGGACGCCAGAAGAAAAUCUCUUGCACCACCUUAGGCAAACGACGAUUUCUCUCAGAAAAAGACUUUCAACGCAAGAAGCAGCUCUUAGUUUGGAUGAGAAAAAGGAGUUUUUGGCGCACUUUAAUCAGGCCUGUGAAAAGUAUAUUCGAAUCAGAGGAAAAUGGCCUAGUAAGGUGGAAUUUGGGGAUGUUUUAUGGCUAUUACGUGCGCCCCUACUAUCAAGGGAGAAAGAAAUCCGCGCUUCCGCCAUCCGUCUUUUGCGCUAUUUCCUGAAUACGCCUGGCGAUGUCGACGUAUUCAUUCAACGCGGAAUGGCUGCUCUUAUCGUCAGAAUUCUUGACAACAACAACGACGAUCCAGCAUAUGAAGAUCGAGUUCAAGCGCUAAAACUAAUUCGCAAACUCCUCAAGAUCGUACCCAAACACCUUCCACGCGCACUUGUUAUCACCUUAGUCACAAUUAUCAACAAUUCCUUACGCAACGAUACGCAUGAUACCGCUGAGAAACGCACGCUACCUGUCCGAGAUAAGCUUUAUCGCCCUUGUAUAGAAAUCCUAUGCGAAAUCAGCUUUGCUGCACCCACUUCCGUUAUCGAAGUCGGUGGUUUCAGAGUGUUGUUGGAUGCUGUGCUGGAUAAAACCAUCACAGGGACAAGUCCAAACAUAUCAGAAUCGAUGGUCAUCACAAUUUUACACCUCAUCCAGUUUAUGCCCAACGUCAGCGCCGAUUACCACCUCAGUUAUUUGAUCUCGCCUCACUUCGAAAAAGGCAAGCAUUCCGAUUGCGCAGUUCUCCAAGCUCCAACAUGCUCAGGUGUCCAAUACAACGCGUCUCGCCUGGCUCUGACCUCUCUUCUCCGCAACUGGCGUGGCUUGGCGAAUCUUUGCCACGGCCGCUUUAACAAUUCCAUUUCCGAGCUUUUGGCGAUAUUUUGCUGCAACUUGGAAGACACGAUUUUGCUCGACUCACUUUUAACACUCCUCUUUGACGUCUUCAACAUCCGCAGCUGUCAGGAACAGGAGCUGGAAGAAAUUGAAGAAAAAUCGGAAGAGUGCUCGACGAUCUUUGACGAUUUAGUCGCAGCAAGCCAAAAAUUAGAUUACGACGACGAGCAAGAAUUUAGUCUCGCCCAGAACUUCCUCGUCGCUGAAAGUCGAUAUAAAGAGAGCAUCUACGAAACGGACGGAACGUACUUUGACCUGUCACAAUCCUUCAAAAUCCUCAUCCUAGCAAUUUUUCUCGAAGCGCGCUUGGUCGAACACCUGAUCGAACUCAUCACAAACGCUCAGUCAGAAGUGGUAGCGGCCAAAGGAGGCUUGUUACUAGCAGAAAUCGAUGUGCUUACGUCACUUUAUCUUCCUGCGCAUUGCGUUUCAAAUUCUGUUCUUUCCGAGACCAAAUUAUCAGAUAAAGCAAUGCUCGUUCUCGCAACGAGCGAGAUAAUCACCUCCCGCCUGACUCACAUAGUAAACGAGGAAGGUUCCACGGACCGGGGUCAACGACGCGCUCAUCAGGCAAUCAUGUGGCUUAAAAAUUACCGCCGACUGCGGAAGGCCUCCUUUCAGCAAUCCAUUUACCUGCAGCAUCAAAUCAAACUUCGUACACAAAAACCAAAGCCAAUUUUCUCUGUUCCCGUUCCCACACCUGCACCAACCUCAUCAAACACCAGUUCACGGCGCUCAUCACUUGGCAUUUUCAACAUCACCAAAUCAAAAACCACUGCUAACAUCUUCGACAACACCGCUUCUUCCAGGAAGUCUUUUGGAAAGCGAUCACUUAUCAAAUGGUCGAAAAAAGCUGCGUCAGUAGGGAGCACGCCGAAAAGCCCAACGAAGGGAAGUCUCGAAAGACAGCCCAGUGAAGACUCAGAAAAUGCGUUUCUGAUUAGUCUUGAAGAUCUUCAGUUGGACACGAGCGAGUACACGCCAGAUUGGCUUGUACUGAGUCGCAAAUUGAAAGAAUUCAUGGACGAGAAAAUGAGCGAAAUAUUCCCGCAUGGGGAUGAAACGUUAGAAACAACCAACGGCAUUAAGGUUCAAGACAUCGUUGACAGCAUCAGAGGACAUUUGAUCAAUCCUCAUUGGGCGGAUGAAAACGUUGAGUGGGGACCGCUCUGGACCGAAAAAGAGGAAGUUGGGAAAAAGAUCGAAUGUGCGGAGUGUUUCAUUUCGUUCUUAGGGACAUUGUGUCUCUAUUUUCAAGCGAGAAGAACCACCUGUAGCAGGCUAUUCGAGUGGUCAAUUGAAAUCAUCGAUGAGAUCCUGAAUCAUUACUACGAAAAGCUCGUGGAAAUGACCCGCGAAUCUCCGUUCAUCCUUCGCCAACAAUUGACGAGUCAGAACUGCUUAUUCAUCCGUUAUUUUCCCCUGUUGUAUUCGUAUAUCGUAUGCGAUUCAAAUAUCAAAGCCAUUGGGGCGAUAAGGCCCGGAAUGAAGAGGAUGAUGGAAACGAUCAAAUUUCAAAUAAACGACCUUGGAAAAUGUUUCAAACGAAGAAACUCUUCCUCUAGCUCGGAUUCUGUCAUGCUCGACGAUGAUAACUGUCCUCUAGAAAAGCUCAUUUUGUCGGCUUUUGAUUUUUCACAGCCGCAUUGCAGGCCGCUUUUUGAAGACAUCGCGGAUUCCGCUUCUGAUCAUUUGAAGAAUUACCUGUCAGAGUUGGUCCUUUUCUGGGUAGAAGCAAAAGCCGAAUGGAUCGUAAAAGACAAGUGGCUGUACUUGCAAACUCUCAGCUUGGUCCGCCAAUCACCCCAGCAAUCUGACACGGCCCUCGUUGCCUUUCAGCAAUUCAUCCGAAUCCCAAAAAUUGCUAAUUACGCUCUCCAAGAGCUCGGAAUGAUCAUGGAAUUCGACCUCUCUCUGAGACAGAAGGUUCUAUGCGUCCUGGUUGAGAACGAAUUCAUUGCGCAAAAAGUAGAAGAGUUCGGCGGAGUUACUGAUCUUGACUCUAUGCUUGAUAACUGGAUGACAACUGGGCAAUAUGAGUUUAGUAAAGAAAUCAUAGGAAGGCUUAAGGUUUCGUUCUCGACAUCCGAUGUCAAGGAUUAUGAGAAAGAUCGAAAUAUCGUCCGCCCGGUUCACCUACCGCACAAUCUUCUCCACUCCCUUGCAUCGCACACCUUUGGGGUGGAGCGACUAAAGGACUACGUCAAAGAACUGGUAAUUCAACUCAAUCAACCAGUCGCCUCCGAUUUGCCGGAAAGCGAGCUCGAUCGGUUAUCCGCUUUGUGGAGCGCAGGUGCAAUCCUAAGCACUAAUUUCGGAUGCAAUGUGUUCUCUUCGCAUCUCUGGCCGCUCGUUAUCAAGAACCUAAAACACGAUUGGCUGCCUAUUAGAGCAACAGCAUUUUAUGUGGUCAACUGGAUCAGCAGGUCACCGUAUGGCGCUGAUCUCAUUGAAUACGAAACAAAUCUUUCAUGGAAGGUGAAAAAACGGCUCGUUGGAGACAUUGGCCGCCGUCAGCGCAACUCAACAGUCGACUCCUGGUCAAGUAGCACGUUUCCUGAUGAUUCUUUCAAAGAUCUGUACAUCGACAGUUCCAACGCUUCAUUGAACGAUCCGUUUCAAUCUACAGAUGGGAUCAACCGCUCAAACGAGCAUUUGGUCCAUUCGAUAAGCCGCUUGUUAGAUCAGAACCGGCCACUGAUAGUGUCUAUCUCCCGCCAGUGGUCGAUGAACGACGAACUCGAAUCAGGAAAAACACCACUUUACCGGGAACAACGGAGCAUUUCUGAUACAACGGCCAUGGAAUUGACUAUCUCCAGGCACCAGAGUUUCGACAGCUCGAGUCCAAUGUCGCCCAUGAAAAGCCGUUUGCUGAGGCCCGUAACGAGAACCCAUCGAGUGCUGUCCAGUGCUUCGUCUGGCGCGGAAAUGCCCUCCGUUCCUGAAGGAAAGCCCCUCGAGGAGCCCCUCGUCUCACAGAGCCUCAACGAGACCAAACUCCAGCGAAACCUCCCGUUUUUCAACCGCUUCACAACGGAUGCCGAGACCUUUGCCGCAACGAACGGACACAUAACAAGGCCAUCUCACUUUGCGUCUGAAAUGCGCAAAAGUCGGACAGAACCGAGUCUUGGAAGCUUCGCAACAUACCAGUCCUCUGAAGGCCAUUCCACCGCUCCUGAUCCAGGGGAACAGGCGAUAGAGACGUUUGACAAUGAGAUCUACCGAGUAACGCCGCCGGAAUACCCUGGCAUUGCCUUGCCAAACGACUUGAUGAGCUUUCUCGACAUUCCGGAGAUGAAUUCAGCUGUUGAUACCAGUUUUAUAGAAGUCGAAAAAAUGCCUCAACAAGAAACAAUUCUCCUCAACUCUGUGGAAAAUUCAACGGAGGCCGUGUGUGACGAAAGCGUCGAAAUCUUCUCCGAAGUGCUUCAACUCGUUCGGGAAGCGUCACGUGGAAAGGGCGAAAUUCCAAAGCGAAUUUUUCACCUGCGGACUAAGCACGUGGAGAGCUUCAGAAACCUGCGCCUGUAUGAACAAGUGAUUAACAGAUUAGUCGAGACCUCGGCGAUCGGCGUUACCAACUUCAGGAAGCACGUUCAUGAGCUCUUUGAUUGGCGGUCCGUUGACCAAACAUCCACCAAAAAUCUCUUCUUUCAUGAAAUAGAAGAACAAAUGAGCGAGAUCGAUAAAAAGUGGACUGCCGCGUAUCCCGCUCUGAUUUCUUAG